AUGCUCUGGGGAAAAAACUCACAGACGCAAACGCAGACUGCCACGGCCGUUCCUGCCACGCCGGAACAGCUAUCUGAAGCAUCCAACCAGCUCAACAAGUCGCUCGUAGACCCAGCUGGGUAUUUCAGCCGUUACGGCUACCCAAUUCCUAUUCACGAUGUCGCCAGUCGCCAGGAGUUCAUCACCUGCUUUGAUCGCCGCACAAAGAACCCCGCGUGGGUUAUUGAGCAUUUGACUGUAGCAAGCAGAACUUCUCGAGGUGGAGAUCGCGGAAAUUCGGUCUUCAAGGAGGACACUGCGAUCCCUGAAAAGUUCAGAGCCCGCCUGGCAGAUUAUUUCAGAUCAGGAUACGAUAGGGGCCACCAAGCGCCCGCUGCCGAUGCCAAAUUCUCGCAGCAGGCCAUGGACGAGACGUUUUAUCUAACAAACAUGGCACCACAGGUUGGAGAUGGGUUCAAUCGCGACUACUGGGCUCAUUUCGAACGGUUCUGCCGCAACCUCACAGACACUUACUCUUCUGUUCGCAUCAUUACCGGACCUUUGUACCUCCCCAAGCGCCAUCCUGACGGGAAAUGGAGAGUCACCUACGAAAUGAUCGGAAACCCGCCCAAUGUUGCCGUGCCUACCCAUUUUUUCAAGAUUGUCGUCGGUGAAGAUCCCAUCCAGCCCAGCCUGCCCCGGCAUGGUGCGGCCGUAGGCGCCUUUGUUCUUCCCAACGAGCCGAUUUCGAACUCCACUCCUCUCAAAUCUUUCUACGUGCCCAUUGAUGCAAUUGAGCGCUCAUCCGGCGUGGAGUUCAUGCCCAAACUCCCCGAGAACCAGCGCCGUGAUUUGUGCCGAGAGAUCAAAUGCGACGUCGAGGUCAUAGAGUUCAACAACGCGGUUAAAAGCCUUCCUGCACCGAAAAAGUAA